AUGGCAAGGUAUCCCAAAAUGGUAGCUGAUAAGUCAGUGUUGCCCACCUACAAGCUCGACUCCAAUUUGGUCCUCUUGCCUGGUAUUGUGUAUAACUUGACGUUCACCCGGUUCAAAGCAGCAGCACUUUUAUCACGAUUCAAAGACCAAGUGACUAAUGUUCCGAUAAUUACCGAUCUACUCAAGGAAUAUGAUUUCAUUAAUGAGGAUGAUGAUGCUGGGCUAAGCAAAUCUGAAGGUGAUGGUUCAUCUGUUGGUUCUCCAGUGGCGAUUUCUGAGGAGGCUAUUGAAGGGAUCAGGAGAUUUGUUGAAGUAGAGAAGACAGCCAUUAAAAGAGAUGGCGAUGUGGUUGCUUCGUCCGAUGCAAUAGUUGUAUCAUCACCAGCCAAUAGUCAGCAGCUUGAACAGCUAGUUCUUGCGGUGGUUCCCAAUUUGUCCAAGAUCAAUGAUCCCAAGGGCCCUCAACCAGACCAAGAUAAGGUGGUUACUGUGUGUAGAAUUGUGGGGAUCGUGGAUGACACGACAAGCAUCAAGUUAUCACUCCAAUCUUUGGUUAGAGGCUUUAAAGUAGACAACUUCAAGCCUAGAAACACCAAUGAAAGACUCAUUGAAUAUGAAUGGAAUUAUAAAGUCUCCCAAGUGGACAAGAAGUAUCUGGUAUUGGAUUCACGUAUACAAACGCUAUUCAAAGCUGUUGAUAAGUUUGUUAUCGGGUACCAGAAUGCUGUGACAACCGCAAAGGAUAAUAAAAAUGGUGUCAAUGGUAAACGGUCAGGUCCUAAUGAUUUGUUGAUGCUACAUCCGUUAGCAAAUGCCUUGUAUUUACAACUUGCCGGUUCAAGUGAAUUUAACAAGGCGUACGGAGCUUUACGGAAACUAUUGGAUAGUUAUAAUAAUGGGCUUACCAAAAUUAACCCUAGAUCUUAUACUAGAUUAAUUGAUUUGAUUGCUGCUGUGGUUCCAUUUCCCAAUUACUCCAAGUUAUCUGUUUUAAAAAAGGUGAAUCCUGAAGAUCGUAGUGAAGAGGUGAUCCGCUUGAUUGAAGAUAUCACCUCAGUUUUUGGUAUGAUCAAAGACAACAAUCAAAGACUUAACCAUUGGUUUUUCAACGAAGCAAGCAAUAUGCAAAUGGCCAACAUUGUUGCUACUCAAUUAAAGUCAAUCAGAUUGGUAUUAGAGGGUAUGACAAACUCCCGCAAUGAUUUACGUCUUGCCAACCAACAUAAGUCAAACAUUACUUCCAAAGGCGGUACUCGUGAUCCUAAAUCUGGUUCAGGUACUGGUAAUACCAGUCCUGAUAGUGCUAAUAAAGAUGAUUUAGAUGAAGUUGAUGAUGAUUUACAACCCAUUACCGAGUUUAUUACUAAGAGAUUGCCUCAAAUUAGUUCCAUUACUUCUGAUUCCAAACGUUUGUUGGUAAAGGAUUAUAAGAGAAUUAAAAAUUCACCACCUGGAAACUCUGAUUAUCAUGUCCUUCGGAAUUAUUUGGAAGUGGUGGUCGAUAUGCCUUGGGACAAGUUCAUUACGAAAUUCAAGCUGAACAAGGAUAUAGACAUUCAUUUGGCUCAAAAACAAUUGGAUGAAGACCAUUAUGGAUUGACACAAGUGAAAAGACGUUUGAUUCAAUAUCUUGUGGUAUUGAAAUUGUUAGGAAUCAACGCAGACAAGGAAAUAGCCGAGAAGGCAGAAGCAAAAAGAAAGUCUAUCACAUCAACUAGCACUUCUUCUUCUUCAUCUGCUACUUCAGAUAAUCCGAUUAUUUUGGGUAGUAGUGGUAAAGAAGUUAAUCCCUUAAAUUCAUCAGCAUCAUCAUCCCCUGAUUGCACAGAAGAUGAAUCUGCAGCGACAGUGGUUUCCAAACAUAAUAAAUCACCAAUAAUCAUGCUUGCUGGGCCUCCAGGUACUGGUAAGACAUCACUUGCCAAGUCUAUUGCUAAAUCAUUGGGACGUAGUUUCCAACGUAUAUCUCUUGGAGGUAUCAAUAAUGAGAGCGAGAUUCGUGGUCACAGAAGAACUUAUAUUGGUGCUAUGCCUGGUAUGAUAAUCCAGGCUCUUAGGAAAGCUCGAUCGAUGAAUCCUGUGAUUCUUUUGGAUGAAGUGGAUAAAAUAAUUGGUGGUAGUCCUCAACUGGGUCGUUUGAAUGGAGAUCCAGCUGCUGCACUUUUAGAAGUACUUGAUCCUGAACAAAAUACUCUGUUCACCGAUCAUUACUUAGGAUUCCCUGUUGAUCUUUCUCAAGUGAUGUUUAUUUGUACGGCCAACGAACCAUAUAAUUUGUCUGCUCCCUUAUUGGACAGAUUGGAAAUGAUUGAAGUUGAUGCUUAUGAUCUGGAAGCCAAAGUGAUUAUUGGAGAGAACUAUUUAUUACCUCGACAAAUCGGUCGUAAUGGGUUCCCCUAUAAGGAAUUGGUUACUAUAGAUAAAGCUACCAUGAAGGUUAUUAUUGAUAAAUAUACUAGGGAAGCUGGUGUUCGUAAUUUGGAAAGAAGAUUGGGAACCAUAUGUCGGUUUAAGGCUGUUGAAUAUGCUCAACUGAUUGGAGAGACUGGAAAUGUUAGUCGUAAUCUUCAUACACCAUCCAAAGCCCUUGUGGUUAAAUAUGAUCCUGUUGUUCAUGUCAUGCAUUUGACUAAAUAUUUGGGAUCACCUCAUCCUGAGGACACUAGUACAAUUAUGGCCGAAGUUGAUCUAGACCGUUCUUAUGGUGUUGUCAAUGGAUUAUCGUACAAUUCGGACGGUACAGGGUCAGUUCUUGUAUUUGAGUCACUUGGAAUUGAGGGUAACUCAUCCCUCCACAUGACAGGACGUUUGGGAGAAGUGUUGAUGGAAUCUGCACAGAUUGGAUUGACAUAUGUUAAGUCAUUGAUAUAUGGAUUAAGGGCCGAUUCUAGGGAAACCUCCAUUGAUAAAGACAAGGAAGAACAAGAACAAGAAGUUCACCCGGAUAUUGAACGAAUGAAGAACUUGGAAAUACAUUUACAUGUACCUCUGGGGGCCAUUAGUAAAGAUGGACCAUCUGCUGGAAUUGCCAUGGCAUUACUGUUCCUUUCACUUAUAUUGAAGAAGCCAGUGCCCAUGGAUAUAGCCAUGACGGGAGAGAUUAGUUUACGAGGGAUGGUUUUACCUAUUGGCGGAGUUAAGGAGAAGUUGAUGGGAUGCUGUAUGAGCAAAGGGAUGAUCAAGAGAGUGAUAUUACCCCGUUCCAAUCGUCGUGAUGUUAUUCUUGAAUACAUUAGACAGAAACGAGGAGAAGAUGAUGAUGAUGACGGAGAUGCGGAGUUAGGAGAACUACUUGACGAUGAUUCUCGUUACCGUUACGAACGAGAUGAACCCGAGCGGUUCUUCCAACAGAAACAUGGACUUUCGGUUGGAUAUGCUCGGGAGUUCAAAGACGUUGUGGGGAUUGUUUGGGGAACUGAAGCUUUGGUGGGGGCUGAACCUCACCAUCAGAAACUCUUGGAGUAUCACUUAUGA